AUGUCCGCGGACAUCAAAGCCUGGUUGGACGCGGCCUUUUUGUUGCUGCGAUGCUUGUUGAGGGGGAUCUUUGAACAGACGGAUGGCCCGGUGUCGCUGGUGAGCGCGGAGGAGCUUGCCUUUAAAUUUGCUGUCAAUUACAUCAACAGAAAUAGGACUUUGCUGCCAAACACCACGCUAACGUACGACAUACAAAGGAUUAAUAUCUACGACAGUUUUGAGGCGUCGCGAAAAGCCUGUGACCAGCUGGCUUUAGGCGUGGUCGCCAUUUUCGGGCCUUCUCACAGCUCCUCGUCCAACGCCGUGCAGUCCAUCUGUAAUGCGCUGGAGGUUCCACACAUCCAGGUGAGGUGGAAACAUCACCCCAUGGACAACAGAGACACCUUCUACGCCAACCUGUACCCGGACUACUCCUCGCUCAGCUACGCCAUCCUGGACCUGGUGCAGUUCCUCCGCUGGAAGACGGCUACGGUGGUGUACGACGACAGCACAGGCCUAAUACGGCUCCAGGAGCUGAUCAUGGCGCCCUCACGGUACAACAUCAGGCUGAAGAUCCGGCAGCUUCCCGUGGACUCGCAGGACGUCCGGCCGCUGCUCAAAGAGAUGAAGAGGAGCAGAGAGUUUCGCAUCAUCUUCGACUGCGGUCACCAGAUGGCCGCGCAGAUCCUCAAACAGGCGCAGACCAUGGGCAUGAUGACAGAGUACUACCACUACAUCUUCACCACUCUGGACCUGAUGGCCAUCGACCUGGAGCCGUACCGCUUCUGUGGAGUCAACAUGACCGGUUUCCGCAUCCUGAACACCGACAAUCCGCAGGUGGCUUCGAUCGUAGAGAAGUGGUCCAUGGAGAAGCAGAUCCCACCCAAACCAGGACUGCUGGAGGGGGUCAUGACGACAGACGCAGCUCUGACGUACGACGCGGUCCACAUCGUGUCCGUGUCGUACCAACACGCGCCGCAGAUGACCGUCAACGCCCUGCAGUGUUCCCGCCACAAGCCCUGGAGGUUCGGAGGACGCUUCAUGAGCUUCAUCAAAGAGUCGCAUUGGGACGGUCUGACCGGGAGGCUGUCGUUCAACAAGACCACAGGGCUGCGCACAGACUUCGACCUGGACAUUGUGAACCUGAAGGAGGACGGGCUGGAGAAGGUGGGCAAGUGGAGUGCGUCGGGUGGGCUCAACAUCACAGAAGUGCCCAAACGAAAGGGGAUGAACAUUACCGACUCGCUGGCCAAUCGCUCCCUCGUCAUCACCACCAUCUUGGAGGAGCCAUAUGUCAUGCUUAAGAAGUCUGACAAGGCACUGGUUGGGAACGACCGCUUCGAAGGAUUCUGCAUCGACCUGCUCAAGGAACUGGCAACCGUACUGGGCUUCACCUACGAGAUCCGACUGGUGCCCGAUGGGAAAUAUGGGAUUCCCGACGACAAGGGCCAGUGGAACGGGAUGAUCCGGGAACUCAUCGAACAUAGAGCAGACCUGGCUGUGGCACCGCUCACCAUCACCUACAUGCGCGAGAAAGUCAUUGAUUUCUCCAAACCUUUCCUGAACAUGGGCAUCAGUAUCCUGUACCGCAAACCCAACUCCACAAACAGCGGAUUCUUCUCCUUCCUCAACCCCAUGACCCCUGAUAUCUGGGUCUACAUCCUGCUGGCGUACUUCGGCGUAAGCUGUGUCCUGUUUGUCAUUGCCAGGUUCAGCCCUUACGAGUGGUACGACGCCCAUCCCUGUAACCCCGGCUCAGACGUGGUGGAAAAUAACUUCACCCUGCUCAACAGCUUCUGGUUCGGAGUGGGUUCCCUAAUGCAACAAGGCUCAGAGCUGAUGCCCAAAGCCUUGUCCACGCGCAUCAUCGGAGGGAUCUGGUGGUUCUUCACCCUCAUCAUCAUCUCCUCCUACACCGCCAACCUGGCCGCCUUCCUCACCGUAGAGAGAAUGGACUCCUCCUUAGACUCCGCUGAUGACAUCGCAAAGCAGACCAAGAUCGAGUAUGGCGUGGUCAAAGAUGGGGCCACCAUGUCUUUCUUCAAGAAAUCCAAAGUCUCUACGUUCGAGAAGAUGUGGGCCUUCAUGAGCAGCAAGCAGAGCACGUCCCUGGUCAAGUCUAUCGAGGACGGGGUGCAGAGGGUGCUCAAGUCCGACUACGCCCUCAUCAUGGAGUCCACCACCAUCGACUACAUCACCCGCAGGAACUGUAACCUCACCCAAGUGGGGGGGCUCUUCGACAGCAAGGGCUACGGCAUCGGCACUCCGCUCGGCUCGCCAUACCGGGACAAAAUCUCCAUCGCCAUCCUGAACAUCUUAGAGGACGGCCGCCUGCACGUGCUGAAGGAGAGGUGGUGGAGUGGAAGCAGCUGUCUGGAUGAGGAGCGCAGAGAGACGGGCCCCAUGGGGAUCCAGAACCUGGGAGGCAUCUUCAUCGUGCUGGCAUCUGGGCUGGUGCUGUCGGUGUUUGUGGCCAUCGCCGAAUUCAUCUACAAGCUGAGGAAGACGACAGAGCGCGAGCAGGUCUUUGUGCAGCGCCAUGGUGGACGAGAUCAGACUGUCGUUCACCUGCGAGAGGCGGCUGAGGCACCGCCCCCCGGCUCCGCCCCCCCCUCCCGCGAGGAAGAGCGACGCAGUGAUCAACAUGCACGCCUACAACCACCGUCGCCUCCCGGGAAAGGACAGCUUGAGCUUGGGCACUGGGAUGACUCCGGUUUUUCCAUGACGCUCCGCUCCUAUUCCCAAACCAAGAGCCUCCUGAGUAACGUGUCGGGGGGGCUGUCGGAGCCUCGGGACAAUGGCAUCGACGGCAUCACCAGAUUCUCCAUCAAACACAGCGACAUGGGGACACUGACCAAGCACGGCACGCUCAAAAUGGCCGCCUCAGCCACGCAGGUAUGA